AUUCAAUAUCCAAGAUGGCGGCUUUAGCAGGCCUUCGAGUAAUUGAGUUUGCCGGCCUUGCUCCAGUGCCGUUUGCUGGAAUGAUACUUGCAGAUUUUGGAGCCGUUGUAACUCGCAUAGACAGAAUAAAAUUAGCUUUGGUUGCAGAUCGUCUUGCUCGCGGAAAAAGGUCCGUUGCCAUCGACUUGCAAGAUUUCCGUGGAAAAGAAGUGGUAAAAAAGUUAUGCUUGAAGGCCGACGUGUUGAUCGAGCCCUUCAGACCAGGAGUGAUGGAGAAACUCGGCCUAGGACCGGAGAUAUUAUUAAAAGAAAAUCCUAGUUUGAUAUACGCUCGAUUAACAGGUAUGUAUAUAUUCAAAGGAUACAAUAGUGGAUGCAUAUAUGGUAUUCUCACAUGAAGUAUAUGCCAUACAAUAGACCAUUUCACAGUAAACUGUUAUGAGCUUGGUACCAUAGCCUCUGAGUGAAUGUGAGGCUGGAGUUGACCUUGCGUUAUACAAACCUCUUUUCUUUUCUUAUGAAAAUUAUGGAUGGGGCAACGGGAGGAGUGAAAAUUACAUUAUUUUAUUGUAUAAAAUUCCCCUUUAAGCUUCCCCCCCCAACUAAUCCCCCCUCUCUAAUGAGCCCCCACCCCCUUUUCAAGGGAAGAAAGUUGUUUAGCCACCCCUCUCUGUUACAGUCAAACCCGCCCGGCAAAACCGUGAACACUUGAAACUUUUCCUGGAAUGUUUUAUUGUGUUUUGAUCAAUCCCAGCAAAGAUCAGGAGUUGUGAACUAGCCACAAAACCAUAAACUUAUAAAUGUUCUUCGAGAAAUAUCUCUGGGGUUCACCGUUUUCCCAGUUUGACUGUAAGCCUCACUCCCCCUAUUCUUAAAUAAUAAAAUGUAUGAAUGGUCCAACUGUAACACUUUGUGUGGAAUGAUCCGGUGUGGCUUAUUCACAUACUGGAAGUUUCAGAUUUGGUUUUGAACUUCAGUUGCAUGUGACCUCUGACCUCAUGUGUUUGAGGUACAAAUGUAUUCCAGUUAGCCUGCAAACAGGCUUCCAAGUGGAGAAGGGCAAAAAAGAAAACAAGAGAGCGAAGUGAGCCGAGUGUGGCCUGGAGAAGGAAAAAAGGCAGAGGACCUGAAGCCCGAAAACUUUGUUGUGAUGAGAGAGAGCAAGACGAAACACUUUCAAUCUGUACAUGGCGAAAGGCCCGCAGGGCCCUGAGGGCCAUCUCCACUUUCAAAAUGGCGGGCAUUAUUGUAUAAUACAUUUUGAAAAUGACUUCCACGAGUAACUCGGUCGAUUCACAGGGAUUUAAAGUUUAUCUUGCAUCUUGCAAUUUCACAAUCUAGAUGUAGAUACAAAACAAGGAGGCAAUGCAAGACACCAAGAAACAAUUAUGUUUAUUCCAGUGGGAUUUUUGUUAUUUUCGCUUUAUACCUGCAACAAUGAACAUCUUCACCCAUAAUGCCGAGUCGACUCAGCCGUAACAGGUGUUACGGGUUACGGCCCUUAUUGACAUCCUUGCUAAUGUCCACCUUACAGGCAGAGCCUCUUGUGGAUGUGGCUAAUUUAAGAGCUUUCCUCUUGUUGAGAGGGUUAAUAAUAUUGUACUACUUUGCAAUCUUUUUUUUUUUUUUUUUUUUUUUUUUUUUUUUUUUUUUUUUUUUNAGAUUCCAACGAUUAAUACAACAUACACUGCAACCAGGCUUGCUUCACGCAUACGUAGAUUAGAUUAUAAUCAUUUACAGUAAGGAGAGGAGAGGCUUCCAUUGUGAAAGAAAUUUUGCUUUUUGUCCUUUGGAAUAAAAAAUCGAUCUUUGUACAAUUAACUUGCAAUCUUUGUUUGCAGGUUAUGGUCAAACAGGUGGUAAUGCUAAAAGAGCAGGUCAUGAUAUCAACUAUGUUGCCCUCAGCGGCUUGCUGUCCAUGCUGCAAUGUAAGGAUAAAAAACCGUGUCCACCCAUAAAUCUCUUGGCGGAUUUUGCUGGUGGAGGUAUGACUUGUGCCCUUGGAAUAUUACUGGCCUUGAUUGAGAGAAACAGAUCAGGAAAAGGUCAAGUCAUUGACUCAUCAAUGGUAUGGACCUUCAUAGAAGGGGUAUAGAAUGGUAAAUUUGAGACUUUGAGACCGCAAGACCCCAGUUUCAAAAUUUGAGACCAAGACUUAAAAAAAUUCGAGAAUCCAGGAUGCAAAAUCAGACGCAAAUGAGACUUUGAGACCUGUCACAAACACUUCUGAGAUUUCGAGAUCGGGCCAAAAUUUUCCAAGACCCACGGAUUUUGAGGAACCAUCCUAUGCCCCUAAUAGACUAAAUGGAUGAUUUAAUCACAAAUAAACAUAACCCCAGGCUAAUUUGUUUGUUGCUCAGUUACCACUGUGGGUCGAGCAUUCAAGGGACGUCAGGGUAGAGGUGUGCCCUAGAGAACUUUAGUUACAACCCGAUUCAUUUAAUUUUGCAUACAGAAUUAAGUAAUUUUUCAAACUAACAUCUUGGAAUAUUUUUUUAUUAAUUUCCUCUGGGGAAAAAAAAAUUGUUGGCACCACCAGAGUAGACCACUCAUUGCUAACUUUCACACCCUUGUAAAAGGACUCCAGUCCAAAAGGACACACCAUUCAAUCAUUUAUCCUUUUUUAAGACUCAAGACCCUGAAAACUAAACCCUGAUUAGAGGCACCAUACCAGACAAAUAAGGCUAACCCUGUGUUAAUCCUCUAAGUCCCGAUAGUGACCAAGAUCAAUUUUCUUCUAAGAAUACCCAUAUGUUACCAAGAGAAAUGGUUAUGAGAGUUUAUAAAAUGAUCACCUAAGAGAAAAUGCUUUGAUCUUGUACCAAAUUCUCUCAACUUAUUCCUUAAGGAAAUGUAUAGAGACCAGUUUGGAGAAUUUGUAUGUGGAUAUUGGGACUUAAAGGGUUAAUUACAAAUGGAGCAUAAAGUUGUCAUGGUAAUGACCUAUGGAUUUACGGUUUAGGCAGUCAUAUUUAUCUGAACCACUGUUUUGUUUUUUCACUUAAUUUUUCUCAAAGGUUGAAGGCACAGCUUACGUUGGAUCAUUCAUUUACAAGAACCUUAAUUCAGAAUUUUUAUGGCCAAACAAAACUGAGCCAGGUACCAACCUGCUGGAUUCUGGGGCACCAUUUUAUGACACCUAUCAAACAGCAGAUGGAAAAUACAUGGCUGUUGGUGCUCUUGAACCCAAGUUUUAUGACAGACUUUUAAGUGGUAUGCUGAUGUUGCACAGACAGCCCAACUUACAUGCAAGGAAGGGUGUAACAUAUUCUUACAUAUGCUGCAGAGGGUGGAAAUUGACCAUGGGCCGUCAAGACAUUAAGGGGAAUAAUACAUUCUGAUUUACAAGCCUUAAACAAGGCAAAUUUCAACUUAUCUUGUAAAACUUGAAUAAGCCAACUUGCUCAGUUGUUGUGUAUUUUUUUUUUGGUCUAGUGAAAUAUCAUUGUUAGAAUUUUUGGCUUCAUACUGAUUCCACUUUUUGCCCCUUCUCAACUCCAGACACCCUUCCACACAUAGUGAGUUUGGGUUGCCUGUGGUUGUUGUCAAAGCAAGCGACACAGUCAUCAGUUGUAUAAAUAGUGGCAAAGUUAAAUUUGCCAGAACUGGCCCAAAUCUCGUACAGUUGGGAGUAACCUGGCCUAAUCACUCGCUUGUUAAGCGUAUGCUGUAUCAUAAAAAGCUUACAUUCCAAUCCUCUUUUGUAUAGCAAAAGGAAUCUUUGAUAUUUUGACUGUAUACUGUACUCAUGAAUUUAUUUGUUGUGUUUUCAGGGCUUCAACUGGAAGGACAACUUCCUCAUCAGAUGGAUAUGGAUCAGUGGCCUAAAAUGAAAGAACAACUUGGGAAGGCAUUUGCAUCGAGGACUCAAGCAGAGUGGUGUGAAACCUUCAAAGAUCUUGAUGCUUGUGUUGAACCAGUGUUGACAGUAGAUGAAGCAGUAAUCCACCCCCAUAACAAAGACAGAGAAACGUUUGUCUUAAAUGAGGGGUUGUACGAGCCAACCCCAGCGCCCAAGCUAUCAAGAACUCCUGGAAACUGUGAACAAACACCCUCGAUAUGUAUUGGGCAACACACAAAAGAGAUCUUACUGGAAGCUGGUUAUUCACAAGCUGAAAUUCAAGAACUGUUAAAAGAGGGUGUUGUUGAUUGCCCAAACAUGAAAUCAUCACUUUAGAAAAAUGCCACAUUUGGAAUUGGUAAAUGUUAUAAGACAGUGACCAAGGUAUCCCGGCAUCAAAGUUUAUAAUCCUCUUCUCUCGUCUAAUUUUCCAUGUGGUGUUCAGCCCUAUGGGUGAUUUGAUUGACCACAAUCAAAAAGUGGAAAGAAUCAAAAUAUCCCAUGGGGGAUGGGGACACCUCUAACCAUUAUAACCUCCUAUCCCCAUCCUCUUUGGUAAUUUCCUCUGACAGGACUCCCUUAAGAAAGUGACAAAGGUGUUCGUUGUCUCGCUAAGGGGAAGAAAUGGAAAGCCAAUAUUUUUACCCAUUUAAGUAUCACAUAGGGUUGUGUGUAAAAAAAUAUUUAUAUUUAAAAAAAGCAAAUAUCAUCGUACGGUUAGUAU